AUGAAUAUUGGCUUAGCUCAAGUUCACUCUCUCUCUCUCCUACCUCUCUCUCUUUUACUCUCACUCAUCUCUCUCUUCUUCCACUCUCUUAAAUCUCCUCCUCUCUCCUACCAAGCUGUUCUUCUCUUCCUCUCUCCCUUGUCUGCUUGUUCUCUUCCUCUUCUCUCUCACUCCCUUGUCUCUCUCUCUUCUGUAUCCCUGUUUUCCUUCUUCCCUCUCUUUCCCUCUCCUGGUUCCCCUCCUCCUCUUUCUCUCUUUCAUCUCCCUGUGUCUCUCAUGUCUCCCUGUCCUAAUCCUUUCUUUCUCACUCUCCUCUCUCCUGACUCCAUGUCUUUCCCCCUCUCUUUUUUCUCUAUCCCUGUCUUCACCCUCUCUCUUUUCUCUAUCCCUGUCUUUCCCCCCUCUCUCUUUUCUCAAUCUCUGUCUUUCCCCCUCUCUCUUUUCUCUAUCCCUGUCUUUCCCCCUCUCUCUUUUCUCUAUCCCUGUCUUUCCCCCUCUCUUUUCUCUAUCCCUGUUUUCAUCUUCUCUCUCUUCUUUUCCCAAUCUUUCUUCUCUCUCUUCUCUUUGCCUGUCUUCCUCCUCACUCUUUUUUCCUGUCCUCCUCUCUCUCUCCAUUUUCUCCUCCUCCUUUCUCUUUAUCUUCUGUUUCCUUGUCCCCAUGUUCCUUCUUCUGUUUCCUUGUCCUUCUCUUCUUUCCACUGUGUCCCGCACCUCCUCCUCCUCCUCCUGUUUUUCUCUGUUGUCCUCCUCCUCCUCCUGUUUUUCUCUGUUGUCCUCCUCCUCCUGUUUUUCUCUGUUGUCCUCCUCCUUCUGUUUUUCUCUUUCCUCCUCCUGUUUUUUUCUCUGUCUUCUUCCUCUUCAUUUUCCCUGUCCUCAUCCUCUUUUCUGUCCUCCUCCUCUUCUCUCUUCUAUUUCUGUCCUCCUCCCUCCCUCUCUCUUGGAUCUAUGUUCUUAUCAUCCUUCUCAUCUCACUCUCCUGUUUCCCUGCCCCCCCCUCUCUCUCAAUUGUCAAGCUAG